AUGGAAAUUUAGUUCGUAGACGAGAAAUUUGAAUAUUUUAUUUAGGAUUAGUUGUAUGAAAAUUUACGAGUUGAGGAUGACCCUUCAAAAGUAAAGGAAUAUUUCAUCCUCUUAAUGAGUGAUUUAAUAAAAGAUAAAGAAGUAAAAAUUGAGCCACUAAAUGAUUAAAAAGAAUAUGUGGCAUAAGUAGGGAAUGGUGACUGUUACUUAAUUAAAUAAAGUAAAAUAUUUAAGUGCAAUUCAUUUUCAGCUCUUAAAUCAAAAUACUUACAAAAUUGUGCUACAGCUUUAAGUAAUAUGAUUGAUCUAACAUUAAAUAAGUGA